AUGUUAGCUCAACCGAAAUUACUCUCUUGGUCAUCAGCUAAAUCGCGUAUUUUUAAUCAACUACAAUAUACAUCAAAAAUACAUGAAGAAUCUCCGCAUCUUUCACGUAGAUCAUCUUCGCUACAAUCGAAAAUUCCUCAAUUUCCAUUAUUUUCAAGUCGAUCGUUAACUCAAUUUCAAUUUGAUGCUCAUCUUCAAGCAUUUACAUAUUAUCGAUCAGUUGAUGAAGACGAAGAUUCAAAUAAUGUAGAAGAUAUGAUUAUUACAUCAUUAUUUUAUGAUGAUCCAAAAGAUCCACGUUCAGCUAUUGUGGUUUAUUUUACAUCAUUACGUACAGGAGUUAUUCGACGAUUUUUUAAAUACGAUUUUCAAUUUCCAUCAUUUCAAUUAUUAAAAUAUAUUCCUAAACUUAAACUUACUGUUGGUUAUUCAAAUAAUAAAUUAUAUUUACUUUCAAAUAGAAAUGGUCAAUUAAAAUACUUAACAUCGAUCAAUUGUGCAGGUGUUGCUCGAAGAAUAAUUUACGAUAAAACUACGCGCGAUAUAAUCUAUGUUGGUGGUGAUAAAGGUUUUUUUGUUCGAUGGUAUCUUAUACGAGAUGGAAAUGGAUAUGAUUUAAAACUUGGCGAACAAUUGAAAUCAGCAUUUAUCAAUCGACAACACAAUAUUAUUGAUAUGAAACUCGAUCCUAUAACACAUAAGUUAUUCAUUAUUGGCCACAAAGGUUGUUUAAUAUUUGAUACACUCUUAAACCGAGAAUCAGCUACUGUUCUUUCUGCUCAUGGUGCACCAGUGACAUGCGCAAAUAUUUAUGGUUCUUCUAUUUUAAUGGGAUUUUCUGAUGGUGUGAUGAAGGUAUUUGAAAUUGGUACAGAAUCAAUUCCUGUUCGAUAUCAAUUACAAGUACAACGAGCUGAAAUUCGAAGUUUGUUAAUCACUAGUGACGGGAUAAUAAUUGCUGGCACUGAAAAUGGUGCUGUAUGUUUUUAUUCUCUUGAAUCAUUCAUUAAACUUGGUGAACAUCGCUGUCAUGCACCUAUUGAACGUAUGAUGUUCGUGCGUGGCGAAGAUUUACUUAUUAAAUUUAAAAACGAUCUACAAUUAUUAAAUUAUACAUUACCAAUUCGAUCAUUCUCUGGUACCUUACAAGCUGUUGAACAAGUUCGUGUUACAUUUCCAGUUGGUAGCAUUCCAGCACGUGUAGCUAUACGAAGCCCACAAAAUCUUUUUACAGUUUAUAAUCCACGUUCCUCACAAAUCAUUAAUAUUAUUCCAUUAUCUCCUGAUAGAAUUGUUGUACACGAUUUUGCGUUCGAUUCAGCUGGAGAAAUUCUUUAUAUUGUUACAAUAUGCAGAUAUAAUUGUUCAAGUUAUCCAUCGUAUUUAAUGAAUAUAUUCGAAGUCAAAGAAGAAUGUUUGUUUACCAAACUUUGCUGUUUUAUGUGGUUUUCACUUCUUCCUGAACAUACAAAAAGACGUAGAGCAUUUGGCGUUGUAUUUGUUGGAACAACCAACGGAAAACUCUAUCUCGUUCCUGGCGAUCAUGAACUUAAAUAUGCUCUCUUGCCUGAUACACCAGAAGCACUAUACAGUUAUUUUCAAGCACAUGAAAAUACGACGACAAUUGAUUGUUUAGAAAUAUUUCAAUCCUACGAAACAUAUACGACUCGAAGAGGAGCAAGAUAUUUACUUACUAUUGGAAAUGAUUUUGUAGCAAAAUUCUAUCGUCUGACAAUUCAAGGUCAUGAGGUUUUUUUACGUCAAUUAGGAUCACCGAUUCGUCUGGAUGCUCCGCAUAUUGGUUCAGCUAUGGCUGAAAAUCGUAUUGCUAUUGCAUGUAAUCUUCGUGGUUAUAUUCAAAUGUAUACAAUAACACAAGAGGGUCUGGAUGAAAUUUCACCUAAAGAUAUUCUUUAUGAACAUGCACCAAUAAAAUCGGUUACUGGUUGUGAUGCACUCGGUCUAUUUACAACUUUAAAUACCAUGAAUGAAAUAAUCUUAUGGACGAAAGAGAAUGAAGCAAUAAGAAAAUUGAAAUGUGAUUUUCCUUUAAUAUCAAUUGCUAAUCUUAAUGAUCGAGGAGAUCUUUUAUUGAUAUCACUUAGGCGGUUAAAUUUUCUAAUGAUUAGUGAUUUCGCCCCAGAGCAAGUUUUGUUUGAUUUAAGUAAAAAAACAAUUAAGGACGAUGCAAUCGAACUGCCCGUUCAAAUCAACAAAAAAUUUGAUGAAACUGUACUCGAACCACCGCAAACAGUUCAUCUCGAUGAAAAGUCAACUUCAAAAGUUCUAACAGAUGUUGAUGAUACAGAUACAUUGGGCUUUUUCGAAUUACUGGAAAAAGAAAAGGCGGAAGCUGAAAUGGCAAAAUUGUUAGAAAGAAGAAAAAACUAUCCAAUUGCACCUGAUGCUUUAAUUCCAAAUUCAACACUCCGUUCAAUGUUCAUAAUGAAAAAAGUAGAACCAGCUGAAGUAAAAAUGUUUCGACUAAGAAUGGAUAUACUUGACAAUCUUCAGAACAAAACGAAUAAAAAUCUGAAUUGGCAAAAUGAUGAUGACGAAUGGGUAGAAUUAGGAGAUCCUGAUGAUGAAUUGGCGGAAGGAUCAUCAAAGCCACCUAGUGCUAAAAAAUCCAAAAAUGUACGUCAAACGUCAGGUACACUCAUAUCGCGUCAUAAGGACACAAUACCAGAACUAUUUCGACGAAUGCAAAAUGAAGCAUGGUGGAACCAAACAGAUGAAGAUAAAAAUAGUAAUUUACGUUCAAUGUUACUUUAUUUAAUUGAAAUAAUAAAAGCUAAAGAAAUCGAUUCCUAUGAAUCGGCUUGUAGUUAUGUUGUAAACAUAUUUCGAACAUAUGGUAUUGAACCAUCAAUUAUGAAUCAUAUUAUUGGCAUUCUCCUGGAUCAUUUAUCUCAAGGUGAAAAUGACCCAUUGAAUGUUCAUACCGUUCGUACCAUAGCUCAAUUUAUGAUUGAAAGAAAGGAUAUUAUCGUUCCUUUACUUGAUUUUACAUUAAAAUGUGAACCGGAUAAUACGCUUCGACUCGAAACAAUCAAUGCGAUUAAGUUUAUAACUGAUGUGAAUAAUACAGAUGACAUCGAUUUAGUUCUUAAUGAUAUUCAAGUUGCUCAUGAUGCUUCUGAAGAUACAUUUUCAUUGAAAACUGUUAUUGAAAGAAUUAAAUAUAAACAGAGCCAAAUUCCAGUUGACGUUGUUGAUGAAGGAAAACCCACUGAAGAAGGUGAAGUUGAUGUUCUACAUCCAUUAUUAAAGAAGAUUUCUGAAGAACGAUGGUAUCCACGGGAUAAUACUCCAAUUACACUCGAUGCAGUCAUUGAUGCUAUAAUUGCUAAAUUACCCAAUGCGACUAAAUCAACGCUUAAAACUUUAACAACACAUCUUGUUCAAUUAAAUCGGGUAAUUGGUUAUUCAAACGAACAAUUCAAUCGAGUAUCGAAUGGCGUCAUAUUGCUUUUGUCACAUAAUGAUGCGGAUUAUCGGUUGAUAGCUGCAACAGUUUUAGCCGAUUUAGGCAAAGAAACAAAAGCUAUUGAUCUCGCCUUACUUAAUUCAUUCAUCAAUGAUCCACGAAUUUUAGUUCGAACUGAAUGUUGUGAUACAUUAAAAAAGUUAACUUCUAUUAUGUCGGAUACGGUUUUGAAAGAUUGUGCAGAUGAUGUUCCAUAUUUACAAACUUUACCGGAAGAAAAUUUCAGUCUUCAAGGUUAUUUAAAGAAAAAAAAUCAUGUAUUAACACCACCACCUUCGGCAACCGAUGAUCAUCCACCAGUGCCCGUCGAUGAAGAAAAUGAAGGAGAAAACCAAGCGGAAGAACUAGAACAAGAGCAUGAACACGAGCACGAGCACGAACAUAAAAACAAACAAGACCAAGAUCAAGACAAUGAGUACGAGCAAGAAGAAAAUCCUCUACCAAUACAUGAAGAUAAGCAUGGAAAAUCUCAUCCAAAUAUCGAAGAUUCAACACCUCAUCCUCAAGAUGGCAACGAAGAAAACGAUGAUAACAUAUCAAUUGUUCAUUCUCGUACACCAUCUCCUCGCACUACUGAACAACAGACUUUUGCCAAGAGAAUGCAAGGUGUUCCACACACAUCUAGUCAAUUUAGUGUUACUCCAAGUUUCACUUCUUCAACAGGGCCAAUAACUCCUGUUGAACCGAGAAUUCGUGUUGAAAUCACAAAUGAUAAAACAAAAUCUACUAUUCAGCCCACAAAACACGUACCAAAACCACGAAAAGAAUUAUCACAUUCUCAACCACCUGUGCCAACAACUUCACAAACACCUCGUCUACAUAAACAACUAACUUCUACUAGUGAGAAAAUUGUUCGACCAUCAGUGAAAACGACUGUGAUUGAUCAUUUGCCGGGAAAACGUCAAUUACGUCCUAAUAAUUCCGAAAUGUGGAAUUCAUAUGCAAAACAAACCGACAUUGCCGAAGAAAACAAAGAUAAUGAACCACCAUCAACUGAAAAUGAUAAACAAAAAGUAUCGGAUCCAAUUCAAUCCAUAAUUGAUGAGCAUAAACGUAAUUUUGGUUAUUUUCGCGUCUUGCCAAAUCGUCGUGUCUUAGUUCCUCAUAAGAUAUCUUUUGAUGAUGCAUUUAGCGAUCAAAUUCAUUUAACUGUUGAUAGACGAAGUUCAUCAGAGUUUACAUCGGUUACAUCAUCCAGCAUGCAGUUAACGGACUUCAAUCGAAAUAAACGUCAUUUAUACGAUGUAGAAUUUGUACAAUUGUUAUCAUCACUUGUUAUUCGUUCAAUACAAUUGCACAGAAGAAAUGAGAAAUGUAUACCAGGAUCAGAAGUCUUAGAAUCGAGCUCUGUAAUUAGUUUUACUGAUGCAUUAAGUAUCUCACAAAUGCAGUUACAUUCAUCAACAAACUUACCACCAGCAAGUUUUUUUAUGCAAAAAAAAUUACCACCCAUAGAGCCACGUCGACCAUCAUCGGCAGAAGCGGCUAGAAUGAAAUCGGAUGCGCUAAACAGAGCAACAAGAAUAGGUGUCAAUCUUAGUAAAGCUAAAGACAUGGAAGAUUCAAUAUCUAAUUUAUUGAGGCCAAGUCGUGAUCGCACACGAACUACAUUGCCACUUGGAAACGCUCCUGUUGUAACAUUUACACGUGAUCAUAAUGAAGUUACCCAUGGAUGGAUCCUCGAAAAUUUAUUACGAUCUCAAGGAGCAGUCGAUUCUCAUACUUAUAUUCAACAGAUUGUUCGCACUUAUCCAAAAUUUGCACCAUUACUUUAUUCUCGCGUGCCCGACCAUCUUAUUUCUUUCAUUUGGAAUGAUCCUGUUAUGAGACAACUUGCUUCAAUUAUUAGUAAUAAAUCGGAUGAUUCAAAUCUAGAAGAUAUUUCAAUGAAACGUGGUGCUACGAAAACAACGAUACCAACAUUCGAUGAUGAACAUUCAUCGAACUUUUUUGAUUAUACAGCAUCAAGUCAAAUAUUAGCCAUGCAGCAACAACAGCGCGAUGAUCAUAAAACUGAUCUUCUACCACCUGUACGUGGUGUUAAAAUGCGUCUACCACGUCAUGUACUUAAAUUUGGUUUUCGAGAACUUGAAAGUGAAACUCCCGAGGAAUCACUCGUUUCAUUACGCGACGAAAGUACGUCAAAACCGCGUCGACGCCGAAUUUACAUGCAUCUCAUGAUGUCAGUUAAUGAAAAUCUGUGUGCUCGACAUGAAAUGCUUAAAAGUCAAUUACGACAAAUGUUAAAAACGGACUAUCGAACAACAUCCUAUAUUCCUUUUGUAUCACGAUCUUUUCUGUGUAAUUGA